AUCUUUCUGGCGGUAACCAUGAUGUAAGAGGACAAUGAAUUCCGCGCUAUAGUUGAGCCAACAAUUUGGUUGAUUUGGUUGCGCCAUCAGCGCCGAUCUAUCAUUUCGUCUUUAGGAUCAUCGCGCAGCAAAAUCGCGCAACAGCACGUGCGUAAAUCGUCUCGACCAACGAGCGUGUAGCAUAAUUUUGUCGUGUAAAUGCCUGGUACCGCCUUCACUUUUCUCGUUGGCGAUCACCGCGAUAUUGCCGCUCGCGAGUACGAACUUACUCAACAAUUCCGGGAACACAGCUGUGCGAAACUGGUUCUUCCAAUCGGUUAAUACGUGUCCAUGAUCGACGACGUCGGGAGUUUACGGUGGUUCACGAACAGCUCGCGCAGCCUUGACACGAAAGUUUCAAUUGAACACUCGUUGUUAAUUUAGACAUGUUGAUGGGAAAUUGCCGAUGAUUAGGUGAAGGAAAAAAAAAAUAGAAAAUACUCAGUCGCCAAAGGGAACAAGAUAACUAAAUUGAUAGCGAAACCGAUGGGUUUGGCCUGUAUAAACAUUACACACAAAUGUACUCACGAGUGCGCUUUACUCGGGUUGGAGUUUGCAGACCGUUAUUAAUUCGAUGCGAAAGCAAGAGGGUAUUGGAGUAUUCUCUUAUCUAACCAUGAUACCUUGUAUGAUAAGGUCUGUGAUAUGAAGUGUAAAAUGACUUGUUGUGACUCAUUUUAAGACAGAAAGUCAGAAACAAUGUAAAGUGAUAUAAGAAAUAUCAAUAUAGUUUAUUUAGCUGCAAAGAAAAUCAUAUAAUUAAAGUGCAACAAUGGGAUCCAUUGCUUUGGAAGAGUACGAGCUGAUGAAAGACUCAAAGUACCGAGUCUAUGUGUCUGCUGUGGAUAAAGCUCUAAAGAGCUUUGAGUAUACAAGUGAAUGGGCAGAUCUAAUUUCUGCAUUAGGAAAACUUAACAAAGUAUUACUAAGUCAUAUGAAAUUUCCUGUUAUUCCAAGGAGAAUUAAAAUAUCAAAGAGACUAGCCCAAUGUAUGCAUCCGGCAUUACCUUCUGGUGUUCAUUUGAAAGCUUUAGAGACAUAUGACAUUAUUUUUAAAUGUAUGGGUACCAAUAGGUUGAGUCAUGAGCUUUUUAUCUAUAGUGCAGGCCUUUUCCCAUUAUUGGGUCAUGCUGCUAUGAAUGUGAGACCAUCAUUAUUAACAGUAUAUGAGACACAUUUUGUGCCUCUUGGUGAAAGAUUGAGACCAGGAUUGAGUGGUUUUUUAAGCGGUGUUCUUUUAGGAUUAGAAGAUGGAUCUGAUCAUUUUGACAGAACUAAUUCUUUACUGGAAAAAGUAUGUGAUGGUGUUGGUGCUGAACACUUUUACGCAUGUCUUUGGGACUGUUUAGCUUCAAAUUCCGUUAUCCGAUUGCCUGCUAUAUCAUUUGUAUUGGUACAUUUCAACAAAAAAUUGUCAAUGGAAGAGCAAAACUAUAUUAUGGGUACUAAUACUAAAAUCAUGGUUUCAGCCUUAUGCGCUGGAGUGCAAGAUACUUCGGUGUUAGUGCAAAGAAGUGCACUUGAUUUUUUACUAAUAGGUUUUCCUAUACAUAACAGUCAAUUGACGCACGAAGAUAUGAUACUGUUGAUCAGAGCUGCUUUGGUUACUAUAUUGCGGAGAGACAUGAGUUUAAACAGACGUUUAUUCGCCUGGCUAUUGGGUACUGAAGUGAGCACGUCAAUUUUAAAGAAAAAGAAUCACGCGACAGACACUAAGGAGAAUUCCGUAACAUAUUUUGAUCUAUAUUCAAAAGAAAUGCUAGUUGAAGCAAUAAAAUACUUACUCAAAGAAGUUUGCGAGGAAAAUUCACAAGAUCUGAAGCCGUAUAGGAUACUUGUUUCGUUGCUUGAUAAAGUAGAUAUUGGACCAGUAAUUUUGGACGAUAUUCUAUUUGAAGUGUUUAGGACAUUUUACAAUGCCUGCAAACAGUGCGCGCCAAAUCACACUCUAAAAACGAAUGAGGUAGUGAAAUCUGCGAAUCUCUUGUUUUCGACCUUAGAACCGUCGUACAUCUGGAUACAUUGCGGCCAUUUGUUCGAGAAGGCCUGCAAUGUCAGAUCGAAGACCCAAGUUGCGAUAGAAGAUAUUACCGUAAGACCGGUCGGCAGCGGAAUGCCAAAUUUGGUGGAAGUGUGCAUACUAACGGAAUUCUUACUGGAGACCGUAUCGUUAGAUGCGUUUAUAGACACGCCAUCUGAACACCUUCCUGGUUUAUUCUACGAAAUAAUCAGCAAACUUUUGCAUCACAUUAGCAUCCUGUCCUCGAUGGAGAUCUCGAAGAGUCUGAAAUUGUGCGCUAAAAUACUGUCAAAGGUGCAACCGUCGAUGAUAACUACUCAUAACGAUAAAAGCGAGGUGGACGUGAAAGCAGACGCAUCUUUAAACACCAUUACAGUUCCUAGCGAUAAUUCUCUGACAACAAUCCCAUUGGAAAAGAGUCAGUCGGAUAGUAAAUUGAAUAAACCCGACACGUCGAGUAGUUCGUUAGCGGAAAAAAGUCCAACUACGAGAAGAAGAGCCAAUUCCGGUGGUGCCACCAAAAGAAGCGAGAAGAAGUCGAAGAAGAAGGGAAGUAAGAGCAAAUUAACAGACACUUAUACAAUACAAGCUGACGGCAGUAAUAUAUCGGUCGUAGUGAACGAAGAUACGAAACCUUUGCCGCGAAACAAAAGCAUGGACGAUAUCAAAGCAAGUUGUAACGAUACCGAUGGAAUGAACUCGUCGUCAAACAGUCAGCUGUUGAAGUGUUUCACCAAUGUUAAUCCAAUGGGAUCGACGGGAUCUUUAAGUAGGGGACCAUCUCCGGCGUUUCAGGCGCAGCAUUCCAUGUUGGAAAAAUGUCUUCGUCAGUACGAAAUAUUUUACGUUAAGUUAAUUAGCAAUCGAAUACUUAGCAAGGAGAGAACGGUGCAAGACAUGUUCGACUACUUAAUGGUGUCUUGCCCAAGAAAGAGCUUCGAGGACACGAUGCGUGGGUUGGAAUCUUUGUUGACUUCCAGAUUAAACAAAACGGAAGAUUCUGGAUUCUUUAGUCAAGAUACAUCCGCAAGCGAGGAUACCAAGUGCCUGGAUAUUUUCCAUUUGUUUCUCGACAUCGCGGCGCAUUCGGAUUGGAACGAGGCGAUGAAGAUCGCGUCCAGUUUGUUCGUCGAAUUGUCCACGUUUCCAAAAUACUUUUUCCCCGGUGACGACGUGCUCGUGGAGGAAGAGCCGAAAUUCGAGCAGGUUCUCCCGGAAUGGUUGAAAGUUCUGGUAGUUUGUUCUUGCUGGUUGCAAAAACAACCGACAUUGCAAUUAAUCAGCAUCGCUACGUUACUAGACUUGAUAGCGUUGCUGAAAGCACACAAUGAUGUCGAGACACAUCCGAAGAGCGGAGAAGGCGUAACGACCGUGAUCAUAGUGCCUUUGUUGAAACAGUGGCACGUAACUUACUUGAUGCAGUAUACUAAUGUAUUUCAGGUACUGGCACAUUCUCUGUGGCAUCAUUUGGGUGAGCUUCCGGCGCACAAGUUCAGAAUGCGUUGCGUAGAACUGUUGCACGAACUACAUCACGCUUUGUACAAUUCCUGUAACGCGGUUGAGAAUCUAAUUGGAUCCGAGCUUACUUCUGAGAAUCCGGAAAAGAGAAUUGAGGCGUUUGGUAGAUUUGCUACUUUGUGGCAUUUAGGACGUGAGAUCGAAAUGAAUCCGAGAUUGCGUGGCUGCCUUCGAACUUUUGACCAAUCUUUGUUGAAAAUAUUAGAUAAUCUUCAACUUGUGGACAACUCGCCACUGAAGCUGCAGGCGCAAUCGUGGCUGUUGCACUCGUUGAUGCGCGGCGACAUAUCGCGCGUAAUAGAUCCCUUGUUGACAAUACUUUUGGAUCCAUCCACGUGCCGCAUGAGUGUUCUUCACGUGAGUAUACAGCACAGCAAUACCGUCCUAACGAAAAACAAUCCUGUGGAAGAGAAGUCCGAGAUACAAGACGACACGGAGGGAACCGCGAAGAUUUACGCGAUCAGUUCGGUCGACGGCAACGUGAUAUAUCAUGUGAGCGACAAUGUGGACGAAGAUAAAAAAUGGAAGAAAGGCAAGAAGAAGAAGCAAGCGAUAAAUCCUGUGAAGAUAAAACGAAUCUUCGCCGUGACAACGUUGGCGACCGGUGAUAACUGCAAUCAUUACGUCACGGAAAAGAAUCAAUUUAUGAAAGAACUCGAAGUGCCGCCCAGUAUAUCCGGCAAUAGAAAGAUUUCGGUGUUCGUGAAUCCCCUCUCGAUUAACUGCCCCGAAAACUCGAACGAUUCGUUAACGGAAGACGACUCGUUGCCCAGCAUGCGAAAGACCAACUUAACGACCGAAUUGUUGAAAAAUGCCACCCGCUUCAAGAAAAUAGAUUUCGACAAAGGUUCUACUGCCAGUUUAGACGAGAGUCUCUUCGAAUCAGCUAAUAGCUCCAGUCUGAAGGCAAAAGACAAGAGCAGUUUCAAGAAACUGACCGACGACGUUGAUUCUUCUUUAGAUUCUAUAACGAACAGUUUGGACUCGAGCAGUCCCGAAGUGACUAACAAGCAAUCAAAGCCGAAGAAAGAGCCCGUCUUAAUGGCAGGCAGUGCCAGAGAAGUGGCGGGCACUAUUAUAAAAGGUAGAUAUUUUAACACGAACGAAUUCAGCACGAACUACGAUCAUGAAAUAGGCAGUUUUGAAGCGAGCGCGGAAGUGCCCAGUUGGACAAUGGACGAUGACGAAGGCGAUCUCGACGUGAGCACAACCGCGGAAGAAUACUUCAGCAACUCCAGCACCAGCGUGGUCGAAGAGAUUCUAAACGAGAUACUCGAUCGCGCGAUGCAGUUGUGCGAUGUCGCCGAGCCACCAAAGAGUGAAGAGACUUCACAGCAGAACACGAAAGCUGAUCGAAACGUUGGGCUUGGCGUUCACAAUCUUCAUUCUCACAUGUUGCUCUACUGCGGUGUGUACGAUUCCGCAAGAACCCUAUACGCUCUGUGCACGCUCAGGAACGAACUCUUAACAAAUAUGCGAAUGUUCUUGUGUUGCGCGGCGACAACCGGCGUAACGAACGCGACAAAGAACACAGCGUUGUUAAAUCUAUUGGCGAGGCACAGGAAAAGCGUUUUCGGUAGAAAUUUCCACGGCGACAUAGCCAAUACGGAAUUCAUAGCGGCUUACAGAAGCAGCAUGUAUCUGGAAGUGCUCAUAAGCGUGUGUUUGUACUUCGCGAGGAGCUACUAUCCAAAUCUCGGACAGAUGAGACUUACGUACGAAGAAAUUGCGGGCAAUCGUCAGGUACAACUUGCGAGUGCGGAAUUAUUGACGCUAAUAUUCUCUGAGUUAAUCCCGAUAGUACGCGAUUCCGGUAAAGGUUUCAGCUGCUACAUAGUCGAUUUGUUGACAAAAUGUAAAGUACAAAAGGUCGCUCUACACUGUCUCGUAUCCAGCGUGAUGAGUAUGAAAAACGCCCACAAGGAAAAUCAGGACGUUUCCACGUUUACUGAAGAGAUCGUGUUGUUCAACGAUCCGUUUGUGGAUAAUGAUGUCAAUAAAUGUAAAUAUAGAGCAAGCGAUCACACGGAAGCUUUCCAAAUACAAUUAUUACGGUUGUUACUAGCGUUGAUUAUGUUGGAGCAUCAGUGUAGUAGUCAGAAGGGAGAGGAGGUUAAUCCGACAACGUCGUUCAUCCCAAGUUCGCCGACGCGGAAUUCGUCAAAUUUAAUUGGAAACAGUUUGAAAUAUCUGCCCGGGGUCGCGAUACCUCAGCAACCGAUGUUUCUUGCUAGUAUUCUUACCGCUCUGCAACUUGAUCAUAUGAGACACCUUCAUCAACACUGGACGACGCUUGUUACAUCCAGUUUGCCUUUCAUGGGUUUAUCUCUGACAUCUGUUGUAACCUCGGUCAUUCAUCAACUAUGCAACAACAUUGAACACCUGGCAUCGUAUUACAUAAGCGAAGAGGCGAUACUGACAUCGAAAUUACAAGAUAUAAGCACCGUGGAGUGUUGUUUGCCUGCGGAUUACACAGUGACGCAUUUGGAGGCUUUGACGUAUUUGCUGCACUAUUGUCUGUUGGAUACUUCGCAGCAGGUUGGAUUCUCGUUCAACCAACCGCUAAGCGGCACAAUACAGACGGGAAUUCCCGGCGCUAAUCCCGGACAGAUAUUCAACAACCUUAUACACGUUUUUAUGCCCAGUCCACUUUCUCCUGAUUUGUCCACAACGAAGGAUAAAACUGGCGCGACUGAGUUGCAACAACAUGCAAGAAGAACAGCGUUGAGCCAUUUGCCGAGAAUAAUAGCAUCCUUGUCCGCUUUGUGGCAAGCGGUUUUAGCAACAAAAGACAAUGAACAAGCGAGCUGUGUGGUAGGUAGUCCGAGAAUAGUCAAGUACCAAUUGCUGGAACUCUUGUCUCCCAUCUCCUUCCAUCAUGGAGCCAACUUUUUGGCCGCGGUUGCUGUCGCGUGGCACGAGAGACGCCAAUCGUCCGCUGCAUCGAAAAAGAUACUUCCAGAAGCCUGUCCCAAUCAGCAAGUGAUGGUUCAUCUGGUUAGCGCGAUCCGUGUUAUGCCAAUUGACACCUUGGUACACACCGUUCAUCAAGUAGUGAAAACCCCGCCGCCGAUACACGGGAUUAAGCAAGAUUUCUCUCUGGAAGUCUCGGUGCUGGAAUUGCUUUACGUGUACAUGCAAAGCAACACGUCGCAAUCGCUCAUCGAGUCGUGGGCGUCGCUGCUUAGUUUAUUAAAGGACGGUCUGUCGUUAACGGCGCCUGCUCAGUUUCUUUUAUUAGCUAUACUAAACGAGUACGUACAGAAAUGUCCACCGAUGCAAGAGAAAAAAGAUAUCAAAGAUUUACAGGACGUAUCUGCAAAAUUGAUCGAAUCAUGUUCGCAAAUAGCUGGCGCGUGUUUAGAACAAACUACAUGGCUAAGAAGAAAUCUAGCCGUUCGAGAAGACGCCUUUGAAGUGGCAGAAGGUUCUUCGGAAGGUAAAGAGGGCAAAAAUGGUGCUGUAACACCCGGAACUCCACCUAACGCCGCGUACAGUGUUCAAGCGCAAGCGGUAUUGGCAGAAAUAUUAGCGCCGUUGCUAGACGUCAGUUACGGUUCGCAAGAAAAAGAGCGCGUAGUGACGCUCCUCACGAAUCUCAUGUACAACGUUACACCUUAUCUGAAGAAUCAUACAAUAAAAAAUAUCGCAUCAUUCACCGCUUGUUCUCAACUGUUGGCUUCCUUGUCUGGAUAUCAAUACACGAGAAAAGCAUGGCGCAAGGACGUUUUGGACUUGUUGCUCGAUUCUGCCUUCUUCCAGAUGACACCGGCGUGUCUGCCAUAUUGGCGAACCAUAAUAGAUAAUCUGAUGACGCACGAUAACACCACCUUCAGAGAUUUGAUGAAUCGCGUUUCCAUGGCUCAGGGCAGCGGAAUCAGUAUAUUCUCCUCAAAGGAACAGGAGUACGAACAGAAGGCGCAACUUCUGAAGCGGUUGGCAUUUGUCAUUCUUUGCAGCGAGACGGAUCAGUAUCACAAAUACAUGCCAGAAAUACAAGAACGUUUAGCAGAUAGUUUACGCCUACCCCAAGUAAUCCCGUCCAUCCAGGCGCAAGUGUUUCUAUGCUUUCGCGUAUUGCUAUUGAGAAUGUCGCCGCAACACGCGACGUCCUUAUGGCCGGUCAUAGUUAGCGAGCUUGUUCAAGUUUUUCUCUACAUUGAGCAAGAACUGAACACAGACAGCGAAGAGUUCAGUCGUCAUAGCAGCUCACACAUCAAACUGUUGUCGGCUCUGGAUUCGUCGUGGGCUGUCAACGCGAGCAACGGACUUCAAGCGCAUGGGCAUCCACACUGGUUACAAUUACAACUGGCCGCAGCCAAGCUGUUAGAUCUCGCGUUGUUAUUGCCUGCGCACAGAUUGCCGCAAUUUCAGAUGUACAAGUGGGCGUUCGUCGGAGACGCGGCGGCGGGAUGUAUAGACAACAAUAAUUUAUCCUCGGACUUUGUGCCACACAUUACAAGAAUAGCGAAAUUAAUGGACAGCAAGUUUAAAUCGGAAGGUCCACCGCCGAAAAGGAAUCCAGGAGAGCUUUUGUUAACGUCGAACAAUGUUCGGUCUUUGCAAGACUUGCAUCAUUUUUUCUCGAGUCUCAGUCGCGCCUUGUGCGACACGCACGUGCUGAUAAAUAACACGCAAUUGGAAACCGUAAUUGAGCAGGAUUUUCUUGAGAAAAUGCCGUCUGUGCCAGCGAGAUAAUAGGGAUGCGUGAGAGAAGGUACAUAUAUACAUAUAUAUAUAUAUGCAUAUAUAACACCUCUGCACACGUCACAGGAAACAUAAGAGACAACAUUGUUAAGACACUUUGUCGCUUUAAUAUAUUUAUAAAAAUAUUAUAAUGUACCUCAGAUUCGUAUUCUGAUUAUAUUGUUAUAGUAGAGAAGUACUAUGUAUAAAUGUAGCAAAAGUUAGAAAUGCCCACGUAACACGCGUCAACACACAUCUCUUGGCUACUGCUGUUAAGAUGUAGACGUUCAAAUCAAAUGUUUGUUUUAAAGAAAAGAUAGAAGAUUUAUAUCUCCGUACUGAUUAAGGGCCAUCUCGAAGUAACGAGAAGUAUAUAGCGUGAGGUCGAGACGCUCUUUACAUAUUUUUGAACAAAUUUUGGAUCCUGCAAGAGUGAAAAAAAAUCAACAUGUGAAUUAAGAACGUGUUAACUUGUUUGUAACGAAUGUAAAUGAAGCGAGAAGUUUUUUUUUUAUAGUUAGAAAGUACCAGAAAAAUAAAUCUGGAUCGUUUAGAAUAAUUCGCGAUUUUGUUUUUUGUUAUUGGGUUUUGUGUUUUUUUUUUAUUGAUUCACCUUUCGACUUGUCUCCUCAUUCGGUUGUGAAUAGUUACGAACAUGUAUAAUAUAUAUAUAUAGCAAACUGAACUCGCGCGUCAGCCUGCUACUGUAAAUUAUGUAUAGAACGUGUACAGUGUAACAUAUAAUUUAUGUAACAAGGUCUUCCCAACAAUUUUUUAACAUACACUAAUGUGUUUUUCUUUGACAGUAUCCAUUAAUUUUUUUUUAUCUGUUUUGCACGUUAUCUUUAACUUAAACACACACAUCGGAAAAUUCUCUGUAUUGUACAUUUCUGACUUUCCUAACAAUAUACAGGCUUAUAUAUAUAUGUACGUAUCUGAUAAGUAGUCAAUAUAAUAGAGAAAAGAAAGGAGACAAAAGUUCAAAUAAUGUUUUAUGUGCAAUAUAAAAAUUAUACGAUAUCUAUGUUGACAUUUUCAAUUAUGCUAAUUUUCACAUGAAAUUUCACAAUAACAGCCAAAAUAAGAACUGUUGUAUGCAAAUAUGUUGCUUUUGACUACGUAAUUGCAAAAUUGUGUGAUUCCGCUUGGUAACGGAAUUACGCUUGGCGCAAAAAUUAUUUGCAUCAAUCAGAACACGUGUUUGGAAUUGACGAAACUUCAUGAGAAAUAUCACUCAUAUUAUUUAUCUCAUAAUAUAAAGCUAUCGUGUUAGUGUAAAAUUUCAUAUUAAAACACAAGUGUAUCUAUGUGAGAACCAAUAACUUAAUUACAAACAAACAGUAACGCAUUCUUCAUAUUCUUAUAGAACACGCUUGAAAUAAGAUGUUAUAUUUUUACGAGAUAACUAUAGUUUGAUAUGUAUACAAGAAGGUUAAUGCCUCUCAAGAAUAUCUACCUAAUCAGUACGAUUAUAUCUUAUUACAAGCUCCUGCACGCAGAUAGCAAGUGAGAAUAUUGAGAAACAUUAGGAUUUUUGGAAAAUAACAGAAAUGUUAUCAAGAUUUGCUCAAUACGAGUCUAAAAAUUGUACUAGACGUACGCGUUAUAAGAGAGACGCCGAUAUUGUCAUUAACAUUCAAAUGAGCUUCAAUCUUUUAAAUGCAAAAUAAAUGUUUUCUUCAAUUUUUUUGAUAAACAAUAAUAACAGAAUUACAUGGUAGAUAUUCUUCGACAAGUAAUUAGUGAUAUAUAUGUACCUACGUAUAACAUACACGUACACUGACUGGUGCUAAAUCCUUCGGCAAGAGGAUAAAAUUCUUUUUUUUUUUUUUAAAUGACAUUCACAUCUGUUGAUGACUGAAAUGAUGAGCAAAAAGAGAGAAAUUUCUUUCUCUUGCAUAGAACAAUUUCGAACUAGUUAGUGUACUUAACAUUAAAAAAAAAAACAAAAACUAACAAAGGCUUAUAUACGGCAGAUUUAUUUUUUUACACAUAAAUACUUUAUUUUCAAAAUACAAAACAAGGCGACAUGUGUAAUAUGCAACAAAUGAAAGGUGUCAAAUUAUUAGACAUUUGUAUUUAAUAAAUUAUUAUUUUAUGUAAUAAAUUUUUUGUUUUUUUUUUGUUUAUAUUGCUACGUGAGGUUAAAUAAAUAAUGUUAAAAAAAAGAACACGUUUUUAUACACAGCAGUUUUUGGAAAAUUACUGCUUGGCACUAAAGUGUAGUUAGUAAACGACGAAGUUUAUUUUACUGCUUAGGCAGAAGUUUUUUUUAGGCAAAGAUCUGUUGUUUAUUGCAUGUAAUAAGGAAGAGAUAAAUUUAUAAUCUAGAUAUAAUUAAUAUAUAUAUAUAUUUAUACUAUAUCUUAUAUACUAUUAUAAUCUAAGU